GCGACUCUUCGUCUUCUUGGCGCUCAUCAUCGACAAUCAUGUUGUGCAAAAUAAUGCACAUCAUCAUGAUGUAUUGGAGAUACUCUCUAUCCCAUCCACGAGCAGAUCCUCUUACAAUUGCAAAACGAGCUCAGAGAAUUCCAAAUGCUCUCUCUACUUCUUUUAUGUAUGACUCCUACAUUUUUUUAAAAUGAGCUUGCUCUUGCGUAAUUGGAUUUUCGAUUGCAUUCACAAAAGAUCCCCAUUUAGGGUUGAUCCCAUCAACUAGGUAGUAGCAUUGGCCAUAUUGUCUAUCACCUACAUGAUAUUUCACUCGAGGAGCCUCACCUAUGCAUAUGUCGUCAAAUAGUAGAGACAUUCCAGGUACGUUUAUAUCAUUGAGGGACCUUGGAAGUCUAAAAUAGGUGUGUCAAAUUCAAGUAUCGUAUGAUGCGUUUGCCUCCAGAAUGAUUGUCGGUUUUUCCUUGUAACUAGUGAAGUACCCUUGCCAUGAGGUGGGGUAGUUUUUCACUGCCUGUGCAUACAGUCAAGAUUAUCUAAAAUGUUUAAAUUAUAAAAUGACCUUGAUUUGUGACUAGAGGGCCGUGAGAUGCAAAAUAUGAAUAAAUGGUAAAGAAUUUUGCAUAUCUCAGCGGGAGUUCAAAAAUCCUUGAACCGUGCAGACGACAGAAAGAAAGGAGAGAAGCAUGGAGGGUGGCGCCGCCGCCGCCGCUGCUGCUAUUGAAACGCAGAGAAACCCAGGACGACCAGCCCAUGAGGAAGAAGAAGAAGAAGAAGAGAAGCCGAAGGUGGUGGUCAUUAUGGGACCCACAGGUUCCGGAAAGUCCAGGCUCGCCAUUGAUUUGGCAUCCCACUUUCCCGUCGAAGUAAUCAACGCCGAUUCAAUGCAGGUUUACAAUGGUUUGGACGUUCUCACCAACAAGGUUCCUCUCCACGAUCAAAAGGGAGUGCCUCAUCAUCUUCUGGGGACUGUAAGCCCAAACCUGGAGUUUACUGCUAAAGACUUCAGGGACUCUGCCAUUCCGCUGAUCAAUGACAUCUUGUCUCGCAACCGCCUUCCAGUCAUAGUUGGGGGUACAAAUUACUAUAUUCAGGCUCUUGUUAGUCCAUUCCUUCUUGACGACACAGUAGAAGAUAUGGAAGAAAGCUUUUUAGAUGACUGUCCAGGAGUGGGACAACAACAGACUGAGCUGGCAUUUGAAGUAGACAAUUCCAGUUAUAGUUAUGACGAUCUUAAAGUCAUUGAUCCAAUUGCAGCAAACCGAAUCCAUCCAAAUAAUCACAGAAAAAUUAAUCAGUACCUUAGUAUGUAUGCUCACCAUGGUGUUCUCCCUAGCAGAAUUCUUCAGGGAAAGGCAGCCAAAAACUGGGGUCGAGUUGAUAACUUCAGAUACAAUUGCUGUUUUAUAUGUGUGGAUGCUUCUCUUCCUGUGCUGGACCGAUUUGUGGAUCAAAGAGUAGAUUCCAUGAUAGAUGCUGGACUCCUUGAUGAAGUCUAUGAAAUUUUUUCUCGGAAUGCAGAUUAUACUCGAGGUUUCCGGCAGGCCAUUGGGGUUAGGGAGUUCGAAAGUUUUUUGAGUCUGUACAUAACUGAAGCCAGUGACAAAGGAAAUCAUUUGAUAGAUGGGUCAAUGUCCUUAAAGUCAGUAGACCUGGCUGAUAAGAUAUUGAAAGAGAACAUGAGGCUCAUCCUGAAUUCCUUGAUUGACAGUCAACCCAACUCUGUGUUAAAAGAAGCUAUUGAGAAAGUAAAACUGAACACCAGAAGACUAGUUCGCCGUCAGAAACGAAGGAUAAAUCGACUGGAUACAUUGUUCGGAUGGAACAUACAUUCCCUUGAUGCAACUGAGUCCAUUUUAUGCAAAUCGGAUGAAACAUGGGCUGCAGAGGUUGUUGGACCAGCUGUUGACUUGAUCAGAUCUUUCCUUAAUCAGGAAGCAACAUUGGUGCCUAAUUUGGAUACCCCAAAUAGCACUGAAAUGAAUAUGAUACAGAGGGACUUAUGGACUCAGUAUACAUGCAAGGCCUGCGGUGACAGGAUCCUUAGAGGAGCUCACGAGUGGGAACAACACAAGCAGGGUCGUGGACAUCGGAAACGAGUUUCUCGGCUACAAAAGUCACAAAAAUAUUUGUCCGUCGAGCAGCACAGUAGUUAGAGAUCAUCAAUUUUCCUUCUCGUAUGACACAAUUUUCCUCAUAAAUGAAAAGUUAGUGCACAUUUUAGCUGUGAUGUUGAUGAUCUGUAUACGCGCCACUUUACGCCAGUGCAACAUUGGAAACUAUUGAUGCAGUGGAACUGAAAUCAUCUUCAAUAUAUUUUUUUGUUUUGUUUU